CAAAAUUGUUAGGUUAACAGCUGUCAUCAGUCAAACUGACGUUGGUUUAAAUCCCUCCGAAAGUGUUUUUUACCCUCAACAAAAAACGGUGUAAGAAGCUCCUGCACGUUAUUUGCCCGAUUUGUGUGAUUUUACGAUGGAUAUGGAUGAGCGUGUGCCCCGCAUUGGGGAAAUCCGGAUUAUGGUCCGGCCCGAGUACUAUCUCUCGAAGGCGCGGCAAGAGCUCGCCAACGGUAACAAAAUCGGGGCUAUCCAGCACUACAACAGCUACGUCGAGAACUUGCGCACCCCGCACGACAUGCCCCUCGUCGAGCAAAUCACUCUAACCAAGCUCGUGAUGAGUCUCAGUAACAACGUGAUUGAGCCAAGUCCCGAGGUCGAAAACGAGAUCCUCAAGUGUUACCUCACGAUGCUCAACAGUUUCCCGGCCAAUGCCAUUCUGUUGAACGCCUUCGGGGUCUACUUUUUCGCCCAAGGGGAGUACACCGUAGCUAGACAUUACUUGCAGAAGGCGGCAAGUCUGGGUUACCUCCCGGCUGAGAAAAACUACCUGCACGUGAUCUGGCAUUUGAUACCGCGCUGGCACUUCCGCAUGUUAAAUGACCGGAAGCGGAACGAAUUUUUCCGAGAUGCCAUUCAUCGGGCCAUUGAUGCGGGGUUUAAGGACGUGUAUGAUAUCGGGUGCGGUUGCGGCAUUUUGACCCUAAUUGCGGCAACGUAUCGCAAAGACGUUCGAGUCACUAGUAUUGAAGAGAACAAAAUCUUGUACGAUUUAACCGAUACUUUGGUCAAAAAACGUAAUUUCAAUAUUCGCCUAGUUAACGGUAACUCUAACACGAUUACAACGCGCCCAGCGCCCUGUAAUUUGAUAGUAACGGAGAUUUUUGACGCGGGGGUUUUUGGGGAAGACUGUCUCAAGACCAUUCACCACGCACUUGAAUACUUCGUUGAUAAAAAGUUCAGAAUCAUUCCGGCAAGUGCCAAGCUCUAUGUCACCGCCUUCGAGAGUCGGGAACUCACCCGGAAGUUCCGCUACACCGAGUCUCUGAAGGAGCUCAAGCUUGAGAACAUUUGCCUGGUUGAGGUCGAUCCCGAGCCGUAUGACGCCGAGUACUUGACCAAAAAACCGGUCAAGUUUUUGUCGGAUACUAAGGCGUUCCUCGAAGUUAAAUUCUACAAUAAGGCGCAAUUGAACGAUUUAUUAACACCUGAUAGCGACUGCAUCGGCGAAAUUGAGUUGGUUUGUUCCGAAAAGGGCACAAUUCACGCAUUGGCCGUUUGGUUUGAUCUCCGGCUAGACGCAGAAAUCACGAUUACGACAAACCCGUUCAUUCCCUCAAACACCAAGUGCUGGGAGCAGGCCAUUGUCCACCUGGACCACCCGAUCGAAGUCGCCGCGGGUGACACUCUCCGGCUGAAACCGCGCAUUGUCGAGGGCCAGAUACAUUUCGAUGUUUUGAACCACGAAAACACGUGUGAAAAAUGCUUUGAAGUCAGUAGAGAAGUAAUAUCGUUUCUUAACGACACUAAACUAGUCCAGAGUGUGAUCAAGGCUGCUGAUAGUUACGAACAUUGCGAUCUCAGGAUUAUAGAUUUCAAUGUUUUUCCCUUGUUUGGGUUUUUGAUGGCGAAAAAAGGGGCGACGGUCUAUCAUGUCUACAACGAUGAGAGCGACUUGACUUUGUUCAAUCAUAUCGUGAAUCUGAACGAGUUGCCGGUUCAAAGAUUUAUUUUUAUUUACUAUCGGGCCGUUGAGGAUUAUUUGGUGUUUUUGGAGCCGCCCCAUUUAGUUUUCUACGAGUUGGUCAAACCGGACGGGUCCUGGAGCAGGCCCGAGUAUUCGCUUGAAAUGGAAGCUAAGCUAACUUGUGCCUAUUUGCCGCAGAAGGUUUUUCUACACGCACAACUCAUCAGCUCGGAUUAUUUGACCCUUUGUAAUAAAGUCGAUGACAAGAAGGCGCUCAAUUUCAAGAUUGCCGAUCUAAUCAACGCCUACUCGGGCAACGAACAUCCCAACCUUGAGACGCUUGAACACAAGAAGCACUCAUCUGUUGUCACUUUCGACAUCAGCGAUUUGUACAGGUAUGACUUCCACAUGGAAGCGGAUAUAAUCAAGAGUGGCUCCUGCAAUGGAAUUCUCUACUGGUUUGAUAUCCAGUUCACUGCUGAUCCAAGUAACGUGUUCAACACUUUGACCAGCACCCAUUACGACAGGUCCUGCACCCUCCUCAUCGAUAAACCCAAAGUAGUCAAAGCCGGUGAAAAAGUAAUGAUCCACAUAAUGAGACUCGAGGGAUUUUUAAAACUGUAUUGUGAUUAAUUGUGUAAUGUAUUCGAAAACUGUGAUGUUUACUAUUAGGUGUGUUAAUUUGUUUCGCACUUUGCGACACUAAUUGUAAUAUUUUGUACUUGAAUUGUUUAAACAGGUCUCAGGGUAAAAGAAAAUGUAAAAAUUUGCAUAAUUUAUUAAAACCAUCAAUUGUCAUGUUUACUAAGAGACUAUCACAGUCUUUAUUGUGUAUAAAUGCCCCUAGAAUUAAUUAAACUUUACCCAACAUUACAA